AUGUGCAGAGAGUGCAACUACACGGAGUUUAACGAGCCCUGUUAUAUCAAGCUACGUGAAGGAACCCUUGAAAGAAAUAUUUGUGACAAGGAUCACGAAAUGUUUCAUGUCCCACCCUACGAUGUCGCCAAGCAUGAGAGAGUUGGUGAGGGUAAUGUCCUGGUUGGCGAGGAGAUCAUGCCGGUUAGCGAGUGGCUCCAGCGCCUCAACGAGAAGUGGGAUAUCUAUUCGUGA